CUGUGACUGGGUCGUACCAUCCACGGAACUACAAUGAUGGGCGCGUGUCUAAAUCGGUCCUCUCACUAGCUCUCCCACCGUCUGCAAGCCGGAUAUCAUCGCUGCUCUGUGUGCGCAACAUGACUACGCCAUUGGUUUGGCUCAUCACAGGCACUUCGUCUGGCUUCGGACGCGCCUUGGUGGCUCAGGUUCUAGCACGCGGGGACCGCGUGAUAGCAACAUCCAGAACCGUAGAUGGCGUGCGUGAUCUAGAUGGAAACAGUGGCGAUCUGAGGAUCAUGGAGUUGGAUGUGACGGCAGGGAUGGACGUCCUCAAAUCCAAAUUCAAGCAAGCCGUCGAAUUCUGGGGAAGAAUAGAUGUUCUUGUGAACAACGCCGGCACGUUACACACGGGCAUACUGGAGGAGGGAGGAUCGGCACUUCUCAGAAAGCAAUUCGAAGCAAAUGUUUUCGGUCUGCUGGAUGUUACAAACGCAUGUGUCCCCCAUUUCCGUGGUCUAGGUGGAGGGACUAUCGUUGUUAUUGGGAGUCGAUCGGCUUGGAAGACAGAUAUCAUCGGAAUUGGGCCGUACGCAAGCUCGAAAGCCGCUGUUCGCGCGUUGGCCGACACGCUCUCGGUGGAACUCGCGCCAUUCAACAUCCGAGUUCUGCUGGUAGAACCCGGGGCGUUUCGGACAAACAUGAUUCGCCUCGAGACGAACUCAGAUUCCGGUACCCGUCUGGCAGCUUACGAUGGGACGAGAGAAACUAGCGUCCGAUUCUACGCAGACCGACAUGGGACGCAGGACGGGGACCCUGCGAAAGCUAUGGCGGCUGUUGUCGAGGUCGUCAAAGGCGAAGGUAGAGCAGCUGGAAAGCCGUGGCCCAGCUGUCUCGUGUUGGGAGAAGAUGCGGACCGAGAUGUGAGGGAGAAAUGCAGAACUAUGACCACGCAUUUGGAUGAAUGGGCUGAUGUCGUUCAAAUGUGUAGCUUCGAUAAGUAA